AUGUCCGAUUCCAUCAAGAGGAGAAGCAAAUCGCAUGAUAAAAAAACCCAUGCGGUCAAUGAACAGAGCUGGAGAUCCAAUGGACCUCCGACCCAGAGUGUCCGAAGCGUGCUGAACAGGGACAGCACCACUGAUUCAGCGAAGGCCCAGCAACCAUCUUCGCCAUCAGGAUCGGCCCAGAAGCCCCCAAAGGAGCAGAUGCACGAGCUCAGACAAUACAUAGAGCUCCUUUUUCAGUUGCAGAACUGGUAUUUGACCGGUAACGACGCUGCUCAGACCUCGGGCGGACACGUCAAAUCCAACGUGUUGUCCCCAGUAGAGGAGGAAGUAUACAAACUCUACCGACUGAGAAACCGGAUUGCAUUCAAGCUACAUGCACUGAAGAUGAACACCGCACAGAAAGGCUCAAACAACGAUGAGCCAUCACUCAGCGGCACAGCCCCAAUAAAGCUGGCUGAUAUUUUGCAGCGGAAAUGGGACGCCCCUCGUCUCGAUCGCAAAGUUCUUCACCAGAUCCUCGCUAAGGGCGGAUACAAGCCAAAGCCCAAAAGCCGAGUCUCUUCAGGGCUCGCCCUCACACCUUCAGACACUGACUUUUUCGAGCUUUGUGCUGCCAUUGAGAGCCAGAUGAAGAACACUGCCAAAACUGCAGGGCCUCUUCCACCACCACCACCACCAAAACCCAAGCACAUUCAAUCUUUCGAGACGGCCGAGAGCAUUGCAAUGGGCAGGUAUGUCCCGUCCUUGGUCAGAGAAGAUCAACCCAUCACCUUGACGCCAACGACGACAACGAAGCCGAGCACGCUCUCCUCGAUGACGACCAAGUCCCUUCCACUGCCCCUCUUCUGCAGUCCAGCUCUUGCCGACGACAAGGCUGCACCCGCCGAGUCCAUCAAGGAUCGUACCCACAACUGGAACCCUGUCGACGCGACCCCUGGGACCCUGAGGGACUCGUUGCGGCAAUUUCCUCCUCUCAGACACAGAGAAACACCCAUCUAUAUAGAUCUACCCGACAGCAAUCUCGGGACGAAAAGUGUUCUCGGUUCUCAGCGUGAAAUUGAGGCCAAGGCAAAACCGAUUGUCAGGCUUUCACCAAAUCGCGCCACACCGCUCCUCCAGCCCAAGGUCCCCCUUACGACCGGGUUUGAGCGCCAGUUCGGGGUCGGUCGUAAGGACGACGCUUGGUCUGCCGGCGAGACAACCAAGAGGUCAACGCCUCGUCCUUCAAAGUUACGGCAUGAGAUUCAGCUUGAGCCUGACACUUCCGUCAUUGUUGCUCAUCGUGCAGCUGAAGCGAAGCUUCCGCUGAAGGUCAAACUUGAGCCUCAGGCCGAGCUGAAGCCAAUGCCCAAGGCUGUUCCGGCGGUGACCGAUCACAUCUCGGCGUACAACCCUGAUCGUCGGUCUCGAUUCAUGGGUAGCGAGGUGCCUAUGGGCAACCAGAAAAAGACCGAGUCCACGAUGCCUCCAACGCUCGAGCCCAGCCCCUCUCCCACGUCCGAGCCUCAGCCCCCUAAGCCGACGAACCCCGCAAAUGAACCAAACCUGUACAGCAACGACCGACCCAUCGACUCCGACUCCGAACCAGAAUGGGAGGUCCUCUCCACCCCCGACUUCCUGGCUACAUAUUGCGAGCACUGCGGCAUCGAGCACGAUGACUUUGCGAGCUUGAGCUUUGACGAAGACUCCGACUCCGACUCCGGCGUGGAGUUUGACGAGCAAGAAGACGGGGUGCUGAUCACCAACCGCCAGCUCAUCGGGGCGGAUGAUGACGACGGGAUUUUCAAGCGGACGACCGAGGACUGGGAGGCGAUUGAAGACUGGGGGGAUGAUUUCACUGAGGAGAAGGAGGACGACGACGGGCGUUAUGUUGUUUGA